GCUUGGCCUACGUGGCAGCUGCUAGAGCCGCCGCGGCGCAGCGAGGCCGGCCGCCGGGUACUUCCUGUGGAGGCCGCAGCAGGCGCGAGCGCCGAGGACCAGCCAGCUGAGCCUGCCGCCGCCGCCAUGGGCCAGAACGACCUGAUGGGCACGGCCGAGGACUUCGCCGACCAGUUCCUUCGAGUCACCAAGCAGUACCUGCCUCAUGUGGCACGCCUCUGCCUGAUUAGCACCUUCCUGGAGGAUGGCAUUCGAAUGUGGUUCCAGUGGAGUGAGCAACGUGACUAUAUUGACACCACCUGGAGCUGUGGCUACCUGUUGGCCUCAUCCUUUGUUUUCCUCAACCUGCUGGGACAGUUGACUGGCUGUGUUUUGGUGCUGAGCAGGAACUUCGUGCAGUAUGCCUGCUUUGGGCUGUUUGGAAUCAUCGCACUGCAGACAAUCGCCUACAGCAUUUUGUGGGACUUGAAAUUUCUGAUGAGGAACCUGGCUUUAGGAGGAGGUUUGCUGCUGCUCUUGGCAGAGUCCCGCUCGGAAGGGAAGAGCAUGUUUGCUGGUGUUCCCACCAUGCGUGAGAGCUCCCCCAAGCAGUACAUGCAGCUUGGAGGAAGGGUCCUCCUGGUCCUGAUGUUCAUGACCCUUCUUCACUUUGAUGCCAGCUUCUUUUCUAUCGUCCAGAACAUUGUGGGUACAGCUCUGAUGAUCUUAGUAGCCAUUGGCUUUAAAACCAAGCUAGCAGCUUUGACUCUCGUCGUCUGGCUGUUUGCCAUCAACGUGUAUUUCAACGCCUUCUGGACAAUCCCGGUCUAUAAACCCAUGCAUGAUUUCCUGAAAUAUGACUUCUUCCAGACCAUGUCAGUGAUUGGAGGCCUGCUCCUGGUGGUGGCUCUUGGCCCAGGAGGUGUCUCCAUGGAUGAGAAGAAGAAGGAGUGGUAACAUACAGACCCCUCCCCUCCUUGGCUGAGGCACAAGGCCCUGGACUGAUUCAGGGUAGAGUCAACAAACUGCCAGCGUUUUAUGUGUCCUCUUCCCUUCCCCCUCCCUUGGUAAAGGCACAGAUGUUUUGAGAACUUUAUUUGCAGACAACUGAAAAUUGAAGGUAAAAUCUUUGGAAACAGUCUGGAGUCUGACUGUCCAGGGCUGGCCAGCUGGACAGUCAUUCCUUAGCCAAGGCUUGGAGUAGACAGUGUGGUGGGCUAUGGUCUCAGUCCUGUCUUUGAGUUCCUUUUUGGGGGUGAGGGACUUCAAGUUGUACUGAACUGUACUUUAUCAUUCAAAGCGGUUUCCCUUUUUAGUUUUAAGUUUACAUCCUUAGCUCAAACUACUAAAUGAUUUAGGAUGGUCCAGCCAAACACCAGUUAAACCUCCAGAGUUCAGAAUCUUACCAGUGGCCCCAGCAUUGCUUUUGCCAUGUAUUAUAGGAUCAGUGAAAAUGUUAGAGAAACACCAAGCCUAGAGAACAGUUCAGUAUUGGAGAGGUGGGUGCUACUGCUGGCCCAAGUCCUUGAUGUCAGUGGGUUGGAUGCCGUUUACUGGGUGAAAGGUACCCUGGGAGUUUUCAUGGCUUCAAACAGGGAUGGGGUGGAGUCAGGCAGGAAGUUCUUGGUUUGGGUACUGCUAUUCCUCAAGCUUGGUUGUGGGAGGGCAGGAGAGCAAGGUGCUCACAGGUGACCCUCAACCACCACGGAACCAGCCUGGGAAGCAGUAAUGCCUUGGGGCACAGAAGUAAGGAGCCCCAGGACUCAAGACACCCAGGCUCAACCCAGUUACCUCACACUUGACCUUCUCAGAGCAAGGCCUGGACCUCACAGGCCAUGCUCCAACCUCCCUAAAAGCCCCAGCUUGACUCCCUGUUCUAGGCUGAAUUCACCCAUUGACAGCCCUGAUGCCACCUGAUGCUUGCUCAGAUUUUUGUCAACUUCCUCUGCUGGAUGCAGCCAAGAUACUUUUUACAAUGUGUGAUGCCUUACCAAUUUGAUCUCAGUCCUGUAUUUAAAGUUUUCUAACAUUGCCUUACACCGUGUUUCUCUUUUUGGGGGUGGGGUGGCUGAUGGUGUGAUCCUGCUCAUUUGCAUGGUAGUGCCAUGAGGGUAGGUUAGGCUUCUUCUGGACCUCCCCCAGCUGUAUUGGAGGGAACAUAGACAGGCUUAGAACCCCUGCAGGGAAGCUGGCAGCUCACACCACCGUUGGUACAGUCUGGGAGGCUGUCCUUUCUGGGAUCAGCUGGAUAGGCAGGACUGUAUCUUCUGAGUCACCUUGAGUCAAUCCUCUUUCCCUUGCCUUGCCGGCUCUGCAGUCUGAAUCCCCCUUCUCAACACCUAGCCCAUGUUCUACUGCAGCCUUACAGCCUGCCUACUCCCACUUAUGUGAGUUCCAGCCAGUGGCCUAGGCCACGGUACUUCUUUAUCACUCGGCUGCUUGACAAGCAGAGCUGCCUCAGUGUACACCCAUCUGCUCCUGUUACCUGCUAUGGCCACCCCAUGACAUUCCGGUUUGGCAUGGGGCAGACCGUUGGAGGCAAGCACAUGCCUUGCAGCAGCAGCCCUCAUCCCAAGGGUGCCCUGGCCCAUCCACCAGCUUUCUGUGGGCAGAGCUGGGGAUGGGAGAUAAAAUGAUCUACACAUUGGUUUGGCAAAAGGUUUCUGAAAAUGCUUUAGCUUUAUGUGGGAAUAGGUAUAAACCUCAUUUUUAUGCUGUAUUUUAUAUCUUAGUUGUGUUUGGAAAUGUUUUGAUCUUUGGAAACAUCAAAAUAAAUAAUGGCAUUUGUGGUA